AUGUCGUCGGAUACAUUAUCAAAUGGACAUCAAACGUCACCUCCAACUUCUGAUCGCGAAACCGAGUCUGCCGAAUCUUCGAAAGCAACCGUUAAGAAAAAGAAGUCUUCUAAGAAAGGGUAUCGACAUCAUAUAACUCCCAUACACACUACGGUCGCUCCCUCUGUACUGUCAAAGGAUGCACCUCCUGCGAGUUAUCGUGGAUUUAUGAACCUAGCAAUGCUCAUCCUUGCUGCUAGUAAUGUUCGACUGAUUAUUGAGAAUUAUCUUAAAUACGGAUUUCUAAUGUCUAGACCUGGUACUUUUGUGCCUCCUUCAGACUAUAUUCUAUUUUCAACUACAUUUAUUGCCCUGCCGUUCAAUGUAAUCUUUGCGUAUCUCAUUGAGAAAAUGGCAAUCAAGCCCUUUCUCGCUGAAUUAAAGAGAGCUAAAGCCCAAGAUCAACAACCAACGCUGACUCCCAAAAUUCUAUCCAUCAAUCGACGAGCAGGCAUAUUGCACGUCAUUAACAUCACCAUCACAAUUUUAUAUCCGACGUUGAUGUCAUACUAUGCCAUUUUUCAUCCAUUUCUUGCGACCGUGGUUUUAUUUGUCGCGGUCAUGCUGUUCUUAAAACUUGUUUCUUAUUCUCUUGUCAAUAGAGAUCUUCGUCUUAAUCAAGUAUCCUCGCAGGAUAAGAAUCUGGAAGGCUUCUACACCGUUGCUUAUCCUAACAACAUCACGCUUGGCGAUAUCGUAUAUUUCUGGUUUGCCCCGACGCUCUGCUAUCAGCCAUCGUACCCGAGGGCACCUCAAAAGUUUAGAUUGGGAUUUUUUCUAAAGAGAGCGGGAGAACUAUUAAUUGCAUGUACGAUGAUGUAUUUCUUAAUUGAGCAAUAUGCUAAUCCUACCUUGAAGAACAGCGUUCGUGCUAUGGAUGAGUUGGCAUUGGUUAACAUAGUUGAAAGGCUGCUAAAGUUGAGCACCACGAGUCUGCUCAUCUGGUUGUUAAUGUUUUAUGCCUUCUUCCAUUGUUAUAUGAAUGUAUUGAGUGAGGCCCUGGAAUUUGGAGAUCGUACUUUCUAUCUCGAUUGGUGGAAUUCGGGAUCCUUGGAAACCUAUUGGCGUCUGUGGAAUAGACCAGUUUAUCAUUGGUUCAAGCGCCAUGUGUAUCUUCCGUUGGUCGGCCAAGGCGUCCCGCCUAUAGUUGCAACAUUGACUGUAUUCACUAUUUCUGCUGCUCUCCAUGAGCUUAUGGUUGGAGUACCAACUCAUGCCAUAAUGGGAUAUGCAUUCGGAGGAAUGAUGGCUCAGAUUCCAUUGAUUACUCUGUCUAAGCCUCUGGAGAAAUGGAGAGGCAAAGGUUCAACUUUGGGCAAUGUGUUAUUCUGGGUCAGCUUCUGCCUAGUCGGCCAACCAGCAUGUGUUCUUCUUUAUUAUUACCAGUGGGUAAUCACGCAUCGGGUCGAGCCAGUUUAA